UACGUUUCAAUUUUUAGAUCAACAAUUUUUAAUUUUUUUUACAUUUUUAACAGUUUAGUAGUAAUUAGUAAUUUAAUUAUCUGCCGUGCAACUAAGAAUAAUCUCAUGAUACCCGAUUUUCAAAAUUAAUAAUAAAUAAGUGAAAUGUCGGUUAGUGAAGAAUGAUUCAUUUAGGAGCCAAGGCCGGAAUUGUUUCGUUAAUUUUCCAUAGUUUACGUAAAGAAGAGAAAGCCGGAUUUUAAAAAAUGUUCAAGAAGAAAGAGAAACCCAAACGGGACCAUUCCGGAAAAUCGCUGUCCCAGUAUGGCCUCUUUGGUAUGCCUGAAGACUUCGAGACAGGCUUAGGCAAUGCCUCCGAUGAUGAUGAAAAUGAUGAAGAUCUCGAAGCAGAAUUGGCGGCCCUGGCGGGCGAAGGCGGCAGCCCAAAGAAGCCGAAGAGACCGCAGAGGAAAAUAAUCCCUCAAUCAGAUCUGGAUGCUAUGGUAUCAGAAACAUUGAAGGGUGCUGAUGAUGAAGAUGAUGUGUCAGUCGAUGAAAAUGAUCCCGAUUUAUUAAGCGAAUUGAAUGCAAUAACAGGCGGAUCUGAAGAUGUAGAAGAAGAACCCUCACCACCUACAGCAGAUACCAACAUUUCAUCUGAUACCACCAAAGUUUUAACGGAAAGAAUAAAAAAUUACCAAAUAUGCGAAGACAAGGCGAAAGAAUCCGGUGAAAAAAUGAAAGCGAAAAGAUACAACAGGGCUCUAAAGACAUUAAACGAUCUACUAAAACAAGCAAACGCAGGACAUGCUAUAGAUUUAAACGACGAAAGCGUCCCGCCCGACAUUCACCCUCCUCAAGAAAACAAACCCAAACCUGCGGAAAUUAACGAACCCGAUUUACCAUCCCCUACAAAAGAAGCGGAAUCGGAGCAUCUCGUGAAUACCAUCGAACCAUCGGUACCAGCAUCACUCGAAUCCGAAUCGGCCGAAUCGGCCGAAUCUCCCGGUUACGAUCCAGCCACGUUGGCUGCGCUAGCCGAACGUCAAAGGCAGUAUAAAACCGCCGCGUUGAAGCACAAGCACUCGGGCGAUGCCCAGCAAGCCGUCAAGUAUCUGAAAAUAUCCAAGCAAUUCGACGCCGUCAUCGCGGCGCUGAAGGAAGGCCGGCCCAUCGAUUUGUCGAACAUGCCUGGCCCGCCCGAUGAAAUUUUGGCUGCCGAACCGAAAAUCGAGGAGAGCGAAUCGCAAGGAAAGAGACCGGAAGGGGAUCCGGUCGAAGAUAGUUCUGGCGGUGGUUUGAUAACGGCUUCGAGCGCCUUGGAAGCCCUAGAGCAAAGGUUGGCUGUAUACAAAGAGCACGAGACAAAGGCCAAAGGGGAGAACAAUCCCAGCAAAGUGAGGAGAUAUGGAAGGAUUGUUAAACAGUUUGAGCAGGCGAUAAAAGCUCAUAAGGCUGGAAAGCCGGUAGCUUUCGAUGAAUUACCUACUCCUCCGGGUUAUGGACCUAUUCCCGGAGUAGGUGUACCUGCGGUUCAACCUGCAAUACAACCUACACCGGUACCAGCGCAGCCUAAACGUGUUGCUCCCCAGCCUGACCCGUCUACGACUAAACCUGCUCCUGCUAGAAGAACCGAAGGAAUGACAGCUAAAUCUUCGCUAGCCGAAAAGCAGAUGCAAGUUCUGAUAGCCAAGCAGAAGCAAUUCAAACUGGCCGCUUUAGAGGCGAAAAAACGAGGCGAAAUUUCCCAAGCCAAGGAGUUCCUCAGGCAGUCCAAAGGUUUCGAUAAGCUCAUCGAAGCCUCCAUCGCAGGCCUGCCGGUGGAUUGGUCGUCGAUUCCCGUGUCUCCUGACGCCAAAUCGCAACUGGACAACGAGUACAACAUCGCAAUGAGCAAUGACAACGCCGAAUCGGGCGGUGGCAUCGAGGGCGAUCUGGUCGCCCGAUUGGAGAACCAGCUGCAGAAGCAAUUGAAAAUGUGCCUGUCGACGAGAGACCACAACAAAGUGUUGGGAGACGUGCAGGGCGCGAACAAAUUCGAACGGAUGGCUUUGAACGUUACCAAGGACUUGGACGUGGUGCGGGUGUCGAAGGCGACCGGACAGGUGCCGAAGUUUCACUACGAGAAUAGGGAAUUCGCCAUUGUCAAGUCGUUUACGGAAAUCGGUGAUAACGAUAUGGAGGUGACAAUACACCGAGGGAUUAGUUACAAGGAUAAAGAUGUCGAUACUUAUGUUAAAAUGGAGUUUCCUUUUCCUCAGGAUGCUCCGUUUAGCGACAAAACUUCUACAAUUAAAGGCACAAAUAACCCGGAAUAUCAAAAGACGUUCGUUAUACCGAUCCAGCGGAAUUCGAGGCAAUGUCAGAGGAUUUUCAAAAGGCACAACAUAAAAAUGGAAGUGUAUUCUAAAGGAUGUAGCUGCUGUGAUACCGGCGGAAGUUGCCAAUGCUGGGAUUCUUUUGUAGAAGGAUUUUGCUGCCUAGGGUUUUUCAGAAGCGAUUCGCUAAUCGGUACGGUGAAUGUAAAACUGCAACCACUCGAAACAGCAUGUGAAAUACACGAAAGUUUCGAACUUAUGGAAGGCAGGAAGAAAGCAGGUGGUAAAUUAGAAGUGCAGAUAAAGCUGAGAACUCCCAUUGUCACUCAGCAAGUCGAACAGAUCCAAGAGAAAUGGUUGAUAAUCGAUCAGUAAAUUAAAUCUUAACGCAACUUUGAUUCUGCUUAAUUUAAGGGUAUUGAAAAUACGACUAUUUUAAUAAAAUUAAAUAUACAAAAUGUAUAGGCAGUUACAAUCAACUUAAUACAUCCAAGUGCAUCAAAGUUGCAAUAUGGUCAAUUAUAUGAGUUGAACAAAGAAAGAUUAUUUAAAUAACAGUUGUUACUGUACCCCCCUUUCUUUUUCUUUUAUAAGUGCCUAAUGGAAGUUGUCUUUGUUGCAUCCAUAGCCUAUAUUUGCUUACAAAAAAAUGGUGGUAAAAAGGUAGCUAAUGCUAAAAAUUAAGUUGAUUAUAAUUGUACCUGUACAUAAAAAUGUUAUAAGAAUAUAUACGCAUUAAAUUAUAAAAAAA